GUCCUUUCAAAUUCAAAUCCAAAUGUUUCAGUUGGACAGUUAGGUUCCUGCAAGAACCCCCACCAACUAAUGAGGUUCCUCGAUUAACCCCACCUUCUAUGGGGUUCUUGGAAGAUCCUUUUGGAGGCAAUUUUCAGUGCCAAGAACCCUAAGGUUCUUCAAAGAACUUUGAGGAUCUUAGAAGAACCCUUGUUGAUCCCCUAAUUUUUUAGAGUGUAGAGAUUUAUUUUAUUUUAUAAAUACAGGAUUAGGUAACAUAAUAAAGUGGUGUAGGUAGGCCGUGACCGGCCUCACACUCCAGUACAGUAAGAGGCGGUGUGUGCCCCUUUCCAGUUGGUUGCGAUCCGCCAAACAAAUUUAAAGAAGAAUAACGUAAUUUCCUGUUUCUUAAACACAGACCCGUAGUUAUAUAGUGACAGUUGAACAGCAAAAUAACAAUACAUUCUCCUACCUAUCCCUUUCCUCCCCAAAAUGUCUAAACUUCAGCAGCUCAAUGUGUUUCUCAACGAAAAAUUAACAGCAGUUCCUUUGGAGAUAUCUGUGGUAGUUCAAAAAACGAUCGCAGAGUACCAGGAAGAAAUAUCUCGUUUGGAACGGGCGAAUUCACGUCUACGAAGACUGCUGGAUUUGGUUUUCAAACCAGAGAUAAAGUUGCAUAGAUUAGCAGACCUCCAGCAGCUCACUGUCUCUGAAGAGGAUGUUAACUCAGAGCAGCAGCACUGUGAGCAGGAGUGGAGCCCCGGUCUGGGGCCGGUGGAGUCUGAUGCCGAGGAGUCUAUGUGGAACUCUUUCAACAUCGUAACGGUAGAGAACCAAACAGAAUUGGAUGGCGAGAGCUACAGAGAAUCUGAUGGCGAGAGCAACAGAGAAUCAGAAUCAACCAGUGACUAUCAACCCCCCUCUGAAGUAAAUCCAGAAAGUGACAAUGGUGAAAGUAAUAGCGGAAAAGUGGAUGGAGUGGAGAGUAGAAUAUCACUGUCAGGGUUAAAGCCUCUUAAACCAAAGCGAGGAAGAGGACGGCCAAUGAAAGAAACCAGUGAGUUGUCAGAUCUGAAGUGUGAUAUGUGCGUGAAAUGCUUUGCGACAGCAAGUGGUCUGAAAAGGCAUCAGCAACUCAAGCACAGCGAAGAGAGACCAUACAUGUGCGAUACAUGUGGGCAAUGUUUCGCCUUGAACCGCUACCUGAUCAGGCACAUGAAGAUUCACACAGUGGAGAGACAACAUUGCUGCACAGAAUGUGGCAAACAUUUCUUUCACAAGGAAAGCCUGAAAAAUCAUAUGGUUAAUCUUCAUAUGGGGCUGGUUUUUAAAUGUGAUUUGUGUGGGAAAUGCUUGUCGACAAAAGGUCGUCUGAAACUGCAUAGGCAAAAUCACACUGGGGAGAAAUCACAUCCGUGCAAAGAAUGUGACAAGGCAUUCUACUGCGAGUCAGACCUGAUAAAGCAUACGAGGACUCACACUGGGGAGAAACCAUUUCAGUGCAAAGAAUGUGGCAAAUGCUUCGGCGAGAAGGGAAGCCUGACAAAGCAUAUGAUGACUCACACACAGGAGAAACCACAUCGCUGCAACGAAUGUGGCAGAUGCUUCAAUCUAAAGGGAAACCUGACAGUGCAUAUGAGGACUCAUACGGGGGAAGGAGUUCAAUGUCAUUUGUGUGGAACUUACUUGAAAUUAGCAGCAAGUCUGAAGAGGCAUCUGCGAACUCACAGAAUAAAUAUUCACAAUGACUGAGAACACAUAACAAUGGACGUUGUGUAAAAUGUGUUGGAAGGUAGAAACAAUAUCAAGGUCACUGCUCUGGGUUAAAGGUACAGUCUGCAAUCUGGGAACCUGUUAAAUUGUCAUUUUUAAGGGACGUUAUCAAAUUCAAAAUCAAAUGUAUUUAUAAAGCCCUUUUUACAAACGUUA